GACGCUGGUCAAGGGCUUGGACACGCAGCCAGGACCUGGGUCCCAGGGCAGCCGCUUGCUGGCUGUGUGACCUGAGCUUGUCACCUAACCACCCUGUGCUGCGUCCCGUCAGCAGGACGGGGGCUGUCACGUUGCUGUUGUAGGUCUGAGUCCACUCGUGUCAAGGGCUUAAGACAGUCCUUGGAACGGACUAAGGCCUGGCGAGUUACUUUCAUGCGUUAGUUUUGAAAAAAAGGUCUUUACUCUCCUGCCUUUAAUUCUUCAUCACCAGCCAGUUUCAGGCCCUUGAAACUGAGUCUCGCUGCCCAAGGGCAGGGAGGCCUGUCCGUCUGUAGCGCUGACCCUUCCAUCCCAGUGUGGGUUAGCAGCGCGGGGGACCCCGGCCUGCUCCCUGAGAGCCCCCAAGACAGAGGAAGGGCUCUCCCUGGGAGGCGCAGGGCUUCACUCCAGGCAGUAACUGGAGUUUCUUGUGUUUGGUCUUAAGAGUUUGUGCAGAUGUUGGUUUUUCUGUAGCUCACUCGGCAGCGUGUAGUGUUAACUGUCCCCCGAAGUGGCUGAACUCAGAUGCUCCAGGAAGCGUGCCUGCUGCAGGGUGCUCCUGGGCAGACUCCUCGCUGGCUGGAGAACACAGGGCCCUGCCCCACGCAGAGUGGGGGAUGAGGCACCUGCCUGGGGCUGUCCGUCUAGCACCUGGCCCAGUGUCCGGUACACAGCAGGUGCCUGUGGGCGACCACAGCCUCCAGGUGCCUGGUCAGAAUCCGAGUUCUGCAUUCAAGCCUCUCCUGGAGGCCGCAGCCUCUUGACAGCCUCCCUGACUCUGUCUGCAUCCAGCCCCAGGUGGUCUGCAGGGAUGGGAUGGGACAGCCAUGUGCUGUGGUGACCCGAGUGCCAGUUGCGGGGGUUUCUUCCGGUGCAUCAGUGUGUGGAUUGAGUCCGAGGUGUCUGGUACCAAAUGGCUCUGACAGGUGUUUGUUGCCUUGGCCUUACCCCGUGGUGUCCCUGCAGAGUGAAGCCUCUGACCUGUGGGCUGACAGUGACCCAUCGCGAAGGGGUCAAUGGACGGUCUGAGUUGACAGCAAGCGCGUCCCUGGGAAGUUGUUCGUCUUUGUGGUCAACGCCCUGAAGAAAUGGAUUUGGACCAGUUGGACCUGAAUCCCAGAAUUACUGCUGCAAUUAAGAAAGCCAAACUGAAAUCCAUAAAGGAGGUUUUGCACUUUUCUGGACCAGACUUGCAGAGACUGACCGGCCUCUCUGGCCCUGACGUGCAGCACUUGCUGAGAACAGUCUCCUCACACCUGCGGGGAAGCGGCGUCUUCACAGCACUCGACCUGCACCUACAGAAGGAGCGCUUCCCCGAGCAGCACCGGCGCCUGAGCCUGGGCUGCCCCGUGCUGGACGGGCUCCUUGGCGGCGGCCUGCCCCUGGCCGGCAUCACCGAGCUGGCCGGCCGCAGCUCGGCAGGGAAGACCCAGCUGGCGCUGCAGCUCUGCCUGGCCGUGCAGUUCCCUCGGCGGCACGGAGGCCUGGAGGCGGGGGCCGUGUACGUCUGCACGGAAGAUGCAUUUCCCAACAGGCGUCUGCAGCAGCUCAUCGCCCAGCAGCAGUGCCUGCGGGCAGACGCCCCGGCGGGCGUGGUUGAGAAGAUAAAAUUUGGGAACCACAUCUUCAUUGAGCACGCGGCCAACGUGGACACGCUGCUGGAGUGUGUGAGGAGGAAAGUGCCCCAGCUGCUGUCACGGGGGAUGGCGCGCCUGGUGGUCAUCGACUCCGUGGCUGCUCCGUUCCGCUGCGAGUUUGAUGGGGCGGCCUCAGUGCGCAGGGCCCAAGCGCUGCAAGCCCUGGGGGCUGCGCUGUGCAGGCUGAGCUGGGCCUUUCGGAGCCCAGUGCUCUGCAUCAACCAGGUGACGGAAGCCAUGGAGGAGCAGGACACGGCACCUGAGGCGCCCAGGGCCCCAGGGGAGCACCUUGCUCCCGCCCUCGGCAUCACCUGGUCCAACCAGGUGCUCGUGAGGCUGAUGGCUGACCGGCAACGCCCAGAGGAGGCCCCGCUGCUGGGCUGCCCCACCCGCACCCUGAGGGUGGUCUUCGCCCCCCACCUACCCCCCUCUUCCUGUUCCUACACAAUCAACACCGAGGGUGUGCGAGGGACGCCUGGGACCCAGUCCUGCUGACACCAAGGAGGCCGUCUCCAGCACAGCCAUCCCACACACACGGGCACAGGGACCAGUUUGGCACAGCAUCCCUGGGUCAGGGUCUCCAGGGUGUUGGCUUGGACCCAGGCCUGGGCCAGGGCCUGCUCCUCCCUCCCUGGGGGACCAGGAGCACUUGCCUCCCCUGCUGUGCUGGCCCUGCUGGGAGCUGGCAAUGGUCCCGAAGGCCCCACACAAGGCGCGGCUCUCCCCAUCCUGUCCACAUCAGCCCCUGCCCGGGACUGGGACCAACUGCCCUGAUGUGGGGACUUGUCCUGCAGGCUGUGCCUGUUCCAAAGGGGGAGGGUUUUUACUUUUGCAUUGUCUCUGCCACCGGCCACUGCUGGGCAGGUGGGCAGACAGCUGGGCUGGCUUCUGAAAAAUGGGCCCAUCUGCAGGAGAACCAGUUCUGGGCAAACGAGAACUUCAUUUUUUAAAAGGCAGCAGCAUCCCGCACAUCCUCGAUGCUGUUGGGGACACAGCAGGACACCUGGCAGGGCCACCUGCUCACCUGGCCCAGGCUUUACUUCCAGGUGAAAGCUGGACCUCCCAUCUGCACAGGGUCCUGCUGUGUAUGAGUGCAAACCAGAUAAAAUCUGACCAUCUGGUCGUAGGGACACAAUGCCCAGUGGUCACCACAGGAUGUGACUGCCCAGCGCAGAGCC